UCAAGUGCUGACAAACAGUGCAUUUGAAAGGAAGAGACCGGCCACGGAAAUGCAAUUCCGCGGCGCGGCAGUGGGUCUCUAGUCUCUUCAACCGCUGUUGCUGUUCCGAUCACUUCUACGAUCUUUUUUUCACUCCAAUUUCGAAUUUCCGUUUCAAUUGCUUUCUUCACCCUUCCCACUAAUUCCCCUAAAAUCUAACAUUCAUUAGAAAAGUGUACUGUUCUUCCUAUGUCUUUGUGUCGAAUUUGUUUACAUAAAUGUCAAAUAGUUUCAGAAGUGAUAAUAGCUGUCCCUUAAACGCGGAGGAACUUAGAAACCAGAACAGAAAAGAGAAGCGCGUUUUACAAAGUUCUCAGUCCCUAAGCAUUCAAUCAGUCAAGAUGCAGAUACUAGACCAAUGUGAGAAGUCAUUAUCAGAAGCUCGGGCAGGAGAUAAGAAACGCAUUCAGAUGUUGGAAAAAGAGCUGCUGAACUGUUCUCAAGAAAUAGAUUAUCUUCAGGAUCAACUCAGUGCUAGGAAUGCAGAGGUGAACUAUCUGGAAGAGCGUGCUCACAGUCUUGAAUUGAAAUUAGAGGGUAUGGAAGUUUUACAAGAUGAGGUUGUCAGCUUGAGGGAAGAGCUGAAAAGAUUCAGUUCAAAGCAAUUUUCGUUGAUCCAGGAACUAGGUUAUAAAGAAAUAGAAUUAGAGAAGUCCGCUUUGUCCGUGGAGAAACUAGAGGACUCAAUUUCAUCCAUAGUGUUAGAGUCUCAACUUGAAGUAGAGAGCAUGAAGCUUGACAUGAUGGUCUUGGAACAGAGUCUUUUUGAGGCCAAGAAAAUCCAGGAAGAAACUCUGGAUGAAAAUAAUAAAUUGAGUAAAUCAAUUGAGGAGCUCCAGGUUGCAUUGCAGGAUGCCCAAAAAUUAAUUCUCUGUCUAAAUGAAGAGAAUAGAGAACUUAAAGAGAAGCUUGAUACUGCCAACAAAACCUCUAAAAUUUCUUCUCAAAAGGAUGAAUACUGGCUAGUAAAUAAGGACAGACCACUACUCAAGACUCAAUCUUCCUUGAGUAAACAAGGCAACAAUUCUACCAUAGCGAAGGACACGAGCACUUCUGAAGUACAUGGUCCGCAUGUUGGAAGAUCUGUAAUCUUCUUAGAUCCAGCUGCAGAUUCGAAAUGGGAGAUGGAGAGGUCACAACAGAUCCAAGAAUAUGAAUGUGUUAUCAAGAAGCUUAAGGAAGAAUUAAGAGAGGAAAAGUCGAGGGCUAAAGAAGAAGCGGAGGACUUAGUUCAGGAAAUGGCAGAGCUGAGAUACCAAUUGACCAAUUUGCUGGAGGAAGAAUGUAAGCGUCGUGCUUGCAUUGAGCAUGCAUCCUUGCAAAGAAUUGCCGAGUUAGAGGCUCAGCUUCAGAGAAAGCCUAAAAAUUAAAACNCA